CAUUAAUGGUAAAUGUGCAUUUUUCAUGUAAACAUCUUGUUUUCUCAAAACAUGACAUAACCCAGUGUUGGAUAGGACAAUACUUUUUUUCACCAGUAGGUGGCAGUGUGAGGCUGGCUUACCCGAUGGACUGCAGCCAUCUAGCGUGCUUCGCUGGGUUUUUCUCAUAAUGGCGGAGAACUCAGCGAAGUGAAGCCACGUCUCCCUGCCUAAUUAUUCCUUUCCUGUAUUCCAGGAUAUAUACAUCUGCCUACAGGUGUUAUAUUCUGAUACCUGUAACAUUAUCAUUAAAACAAGAUGAUCAUGACAAAUGUUCUUGAUUAUCUUUCAGCUUAAACAUGGUUUCAACCACUUUGAACAACUGUAAGAAAUAAUCCUCUGCAGCUCUGUUGCUGCCAGUAUUCCUGUUAAUAAACUGCUGAGCUGUGCUGAGAUCAGUAGCAGAUCUGUGUGAUACAACAAGUUAUUUUAAGCAGGUUUCCCAUGUGCACCAUGUAACUGUGGAUAAAAAGUUAUGUGCACUCUGGCACAGGAGUAUAUCACGUGUGCGUAAGCUCAUAGGACGCAUUGGAGGACCUGCUCAGUGCAAAGGGCAGAGUUUACCUUGCUGACACACACACACACAGUGUGCAGCAGCAGAGAGAGCAGGAACUCUUCCCAUCCCUCACACUCAGACGAGAUGCCUGAGAAGAAAGCCGUCUUAUUUAACUUCUGGGGAGUCACUGUCUCAUCACGACCCGAUGCUGUUUUGCAAAAGACAGAAGAUUUGCAAAACCUACCUCGUGGGUUUCUGUCCAGUGUGGUGUCCCAGAAGGACAGUGCCAUGAAUCGGGCGGAGCGAGGCCACGUGACGCUUUCUCAGAUGAUCCCGGUGUUCGAGGAGGAGUGUGUGAAGGAGGCCCAGGUCAGGGGUGUGACUCUGCCAUCUGAUUGGUCAGCCAGAGGCCUGCUGGAGGAGCUCAGGAAGGUGAUGAUGGACAUCCAGCCAGCUGUGUUGAAGACAGCUGCCAGUCUGCGCCGCAACGGGUUACUGACAGCAGUGCUGGCCAAUCACUGGCUAGAUGACACCGCGGCAGGAGAUGGUCCAGCUCGCCUCCUCUCUCUGCUGGGUGGCCAUUUUGACCUUGUCCUCCAGUCCUGCCGCUCAGGUCACAGGGUCCCUGAGCCCGCCAUCUUUAGCUCCGCCCUGCAGCACCUGGGAGUGACAUCACAACAGGCACUGUGGUUGGAUGCAGACGAGCAGGGUGUGAAGGCAGCAGAAGGAAUGGGGAUGAAGGCCAUCAUAGUGGAAAAUCUGGACAAUGCCCUGGACAAACUGGCCAACCUUACUGGAGUUCAGGCUGUUGCAGCAGACAGUCCUCCACCGUCCUGCAGACCCGAGGAUGUGUCUCAUGGAUACGUCUCCAUCAGGCCUGGUGUGAGGACUCAUUACGUGGAAAUGGGCUCAGGUCCAUCAGUUCUGCUGUGUCACGGUUUCCCUGAGAGCUGGUACUCCUGGAGGCACCAGAUACCAGCCAUGGCCGCAGCAGGGUUCAGGGUGUUGGCUCUGGACAUGAAGGGAUAUGGAGAGUCCACAGCGCCCCCAGAAAUAGAGGAAUAUUCUCAGGAGCAGCUCUGCAAGGAUUUGAUCACAUUUAUGGACAAACUGUCCAUACCACAGGUCACCCUGGUGGGUCAUGACUGGGGCGGCUUCCUGGCAUGGACCAUGGCUCAGUAUGCUCCUGAGAGGGUCAGAGCCGUUGCAUCUCUGAACACCCCUUUGUUCCGGGAGGACCCGUCUGUGCCUCCUGCAGAGAAACUCAAGGCUGUUCCCAUAUUUGACUAUCAGUUCUACUUCCAGAAACCAGGAGUCGCAGAGGCCGAGCUGGAGAGAAACUUGGAGAGAACGUUCAAUAUCUUCUUUUCCUUUAGCAGUGGCGCAGCGAUAACUGAAAAAAUUAGCACUGCAGGAGUCUGUGCACGAGGCGGUCUGUUUGUGGGUCUACCCGAGCAGAUCUCCAGGAGCCCCUUGCUGACAGAGGCCGACCUGCAGUUCUACAUCAGCCAGUACAAAGACAACGGCUUCAGGAGGCCACUGAACUGGUAUCGUAACAAUGAGGCGAACUGGAAGUGGAUGUGUUCACGACCCACUGGGAAGCUGCUGAUGCCGGCGCUGAUGGUAACAGCAGGUAAAGACCCCGUGCUGCUGCCGGCCUUCUCCGAGGGAAUGGAGGACCAGAUCCCGAACCUGAGCAGAGCACACAUCGAGGAGUGUGGACACUGGACUCAGAUGGAGCGACCAGCAGAGACCAACAACAUCCUGAUAUCAUGGCUUAAAGAAACACACAAGAAGACUGGGAGAGUCACUGCGGCACCCAAACUGUGAGAAGGGUGGUGGUGAUAUGAGGAAAAAUGAUAAAAUCAAAGAGCAGCAGAUGAAUCCUGCAGUCAUUAAACACAUAAAAUAAAAGUCAACAAUUCAACAAAGUUUGAAGUUAAAAU